CUCCCCAUCAUCAUCACCAAAUGUGGCUCUUUCUUGAAGCAGAAAGGCCAAGAAGAAGUAGGUUUGUUCGAGACUGCAAGCUGUCCCGAACGUCUCCAGGGAUUGCGAUCGAAAUUUGAGUCUCCGCCAAAGUACGGCAAGAAUGUAGAUUGGAAGGCGUAUUGCAUCAAGGAUGCUGCGAACCUGCUGUCACUAUACCUCACCGAGUUGCCAGAGCCGGUUGUUCCAUGGAGUAUGUACGAGCAAUUUCGCCUUCCCAUGCAUUUCAGGCUCCCGUUACCUCACGCAGAAUUGAGCGAGGAGUACGCGGACCAGAUAUUGAGUCUGCCGGGGCCCAAUAGGAGGGUACUGCUGUACCUGCUUGGUCUUAUGGCCUUGCUCGCGUUCAAGCACGAGCGAAACGGCUUAACAGCUGCUAAGCAGGUUUCAUUGUUUCAACCUGGACUGCUGAGCCAUCCGGCAGACAGGCUAGACGCGGAAGAAGUUGCACUCAAUCGGAAUACGCUUGUGUACCUGAUU